ACCUGUUUCUCCCUUCUUCUCUCGUCGUCGCUCUUUCCCUCCCUUCCUUCUCUCUCUUCUAAGCUGACAUGAAACUGGAGCUCGAUCACGUUACCGACGAGAUGUGCCGCACAAUCGAAGUCGUCGGAGGCGUCCACCCCUCUCCGGCCGCCGCCGCCGCCGCGUCUGACGGAGAGUGCGCCGAUGAUCUCUUCAUUCCUCCGCUCAACUUCGCCAUGGUCGAUAACGGCAUUUUCCGGUCCGGCUUCCCUGACUCCAACAACUUGUCCUUCCUCCAAACCCUUGGCCUCCGCUCCAUUAUAUGUCUGUGUCCGGAGCCGUAUCCAGAGACGAACGUGGAGUUCCUCAAGUCGAACGGGAUCAAGCUCUUUCAAUUUGGGAUCGAAGGCUAUAAGGAGCCUUUUAUAAACAUCCCAGAGGAUACGAUCCGUGAAGCACUAAAAGUUGUCCUUGAUGUAAGGAAUCACCCCAUCUUAAUUCAUUGCAAACGAGGGAAGCAUCGAACUGGGUGUCUGGUGGGAUGCUUAAGAAAACUGCAGAGAUGGUGCCUGUCAUCCGUUUUUGAUGAGUACCAGCGUUUUGCAGCCGCCAAAGCCAGAGUUGCUGAUCAAAGGUUUAUGGAGAUGUUUGAUGUUUCUAGUUUGAAACAUUUACCGAUGCCAUUUUCAUGUUCGAAGAGGUAAAAUCAGCCAGUAUUAUUGAAUGGCUUUUGCUUCUUCUUUCUUUAGGUGAAGAAGAGAGUCCUAGGAUCUACUGUAGAAUAAACAGGAAAAAGUGAUGAGUUCCUAGUAUGCAUUUCAGAGGACGGAAUUAUUCUUCUUUUUCUCUUAUUGAAAUAAAUAAAGCAUCCUACAUAAUAGCACUUUGUGUGCUUCGAGUGUUACAACCUCUUUUUCGUAAUAUCUCACUCAACCUACUCUCUACUUUUCCAUUUUCUUUUGAACCUUAGUUCUUCCUAUCCUUUUCUUUCCGGUUUGUUACUAAUUAAGAUAGCAAUAAAUAGAAUUGUUGUGGAUACUAGAUAUGCCCGGAAUCGUUCUCCAACUUCAUAGUUAGCUCGAGUUAAAAAUGUAAUAUUGGUCAUCCCCAGAAAGUUUCGGAAAUACAAAUCAAGAUUGCAGCUCUUCAUCUCCGCUCUCGCUGAAUGAAAGGCAAGGCAGCUAGCUAGAAAGGCAGCCAGCCUAAUCAAGACUCUAGUGCAUAAUAGAUUAUCCUUAAACCUUCUUCUGCAAGAAUUCGAAUUAACUUUCUAUGAGUAUUGUACUGAUGCUGAAUUUGAGAGUUCAUAUAAGAAUGUCGAAAUUGGCGAUAA